GUUUAUUGAGAAGAGAAACACAAAAAAACCAGAGUUAAAGAAAAAGUAACGCAAACCCAAAAGAAAUGGCAAAGAACAUCAACUCUGUCAGCUUCGCCAUUCUCUUGGUCGUCCUCUUGGUAGCUUCCACUGAAAUCCUGAAGACCGAGGCUCAAACAUUUUGCUUCGAGUGCGGACCGGUGCCGUUUCUAGGUACAAAUGCUGAUUGCUUCAACUGUUGCAAAACCAAAUACGGGAGUCCUCCAGUUGUUAGUGGCGUUGUUGAGGGAAGCGAGAAACACUGUCACUGCUAUUGUUGAUCGUUGAAAUGACCUCAUGCAAUCACCAUGUGUAGCAUUUGUUCUCAAUCGUUGACAUGUCUUUUUUUUUUUUUAUGUUCAAGCGUCUUUUGCUUUCCAAUAAGACAUCAAGGGCAAAACUUAUCACUGCUUUGCCCCCAAGUUUAUGCCUAUGUUGUGUGUACGUGUGUUUCAUUAUGAAUACAAAAACUCGUUUGUGUUCCCCUUUA